CAAUUAUUAAAAUCACUAUCUUAUAUUUUUACAUGUUAGUUUCUUUAAUUUGAUUAUUGAUUAUUUAAAUCAGUAAUAACUUAAAAAGUGCAUUAUUUCGAAGUAUUUUAAUAUCUAUAAGGAAACAAAAAGUAAAGUUAUUAUCUUGAAGUCGAGUAAUUAAAUAUCUCACCUAUUGAACAUUUAACAACUACGAACAAGUAGGUUGAAGUUUAGUUUUUUGCAAUUAUUUUCUAAAAUAAAAUGAAGAUGAAAUAAAUUGUUGCGAGUGAAAUGGUACUUAUACACAAAAAGAUUGCAUUAACGUUUGGUGUGUUGGGCGUUAGCCAGUUAAGCUUUGGAGUUGUCAUUGUUAUUUGCAGUACAAUAAUUGCGGUCAAUGCUUCGAAUGUUAUUACACCCUUUUGGUGUGGCGUUCCAAUUGUAAUUGUUGGAACAUUUAGUGUUAUAUGUUGCAUAACUAGAAGCAAAUGUUUGCUUACAACAAGUUUGCUUCUCAAUUUGAUAUUAUGUGUUAUAAUGUUGAUAUCGACAUGGUUACUUGCUAAUUCACUUGAAAACUAUGUAUUGGCUAGUUCACGUUUAAAGAAUCAUUCAUGCUCUGAUAUAUCUGGUGAUUGUGAUUGUAAUGAAGAAACUUAUAAAGGAGUCAGCUGUGAUUAUAUAAAAAAUCUUGUAACUAUUUUAAAAGUUACAUUAGCUGUUAGUAUCCUUGGUUUAUUUUCAUCAUUUAUAGGUACUUCAUUAGGUUGUGCAGGUCACUGUUGUUGCCAUGCAAAUGAGCCAGUUGCGAGUGUACACAAUCAACAGGUAGUCAUAACGCAAAGAAGUGACGAAGGAUUUCCACCAGGAAUUAUAACAUAUCAACCCUACUAUAUAAAUCAAAUGCCACCUCCUUACAGUGAAGUUCAAACAAAUGAAAAGCUUUUUGAUAAUGGUGUAAACAACCAAGAUUUUAACAAUGAUCCUACCGCGCAGAUCAAUCCCGCAUAUGGAGUUUUUGCAAUGCGUUAAUAGAAAGCUAUAAAUUUAUAGCACAAAAUAUUUGUUUAAUCAAAUCUAAAAAUCUGCAGAAAUUUUGUUGCACAAAACCAUCUAUAACUACUUAUUGAGAAUUUUGUUGCACAAAACCAUCUAUAACUACUUAUUGAGAAUUUUGUUGCACAAAACCAUCUAUAACUACUUAUUGAGAAUUUUGUUGCACAAAACCAUCUAUAACUACUUAUUGAGAAUUUUGUUGCACAAAACCAUCUAUAACUACUUAUUGAGAAUUUUGUUGCACAAAACCAUCUAUAACUACUUAUUGAGAAUUUUGUUGCACAAAACCAUCUAUAACUACUUAUUGAGAAUUUUGUUGCACAAAACCAUCUAUAACUACUUAUUGAGAAUUUUGUUGCACAAAACCAUCUAUAACUACUUAUUGAGAAUUUUGUUGCACAAAACCAUCUAUAACUACUUAUUGAGAAUUUUGUUGCACAAAACCAUCUAUAACUACUUAUUGAGAAUUUUGUUGCACAAAACCAUCUAUAACUACUUAUUGAGAAUUUUGUUGCACAAAACCAUCUAUAACUACUUAUUGAGAAUUUUCAAAUGAAUUAAAACGAUCUUAAUCAGAUUGUGUUUUUGCUAAUUUAACGAUUUUGUCUUUUCAACAAACUCAAUAUAGCAAAUGAUACAUAGGCUUUUUUAUUUUGAUGAUUGGAUUUUUUAAAAGUCGAUAAAUUUAUUAUUUAUGUCACAUCGAUUGAAAAUAAGACGACAUUAAAAUAUUCAGAGAACUAACGAAUAUUUAUGUAUAAUAUUUAACGACAAUACAUUAAUUUUAUAAAAACUUUUGUAACUAAUGAAAUCAUUUAAUAUAAUUAAGUAUAAUCAUUUAACAAAAGAAUGAACAUGUAUCUUGUUGAGAAAUAAAAAAUUUGUUAACUUCUCAUCUCAGGUUUUAAACUUGCUACUAGACUGCUUGUACACUUACAAUUACGUAAAAUGCGAAAUUUUUUGUUGAAAACUAUUAUCUUAUUAGUAAUUGAUAACGUAAUCAGUUACCAAUAAAAUAAUAGUUUUAAAGGUUAUAAUCAUUACUAAACCUCAGCCAACCAACGUUUCUUUCCUCACCCAACCUUAUUCUUAUAUUGACUUUUUAUGUCUACUAAGCUUAUUUUAGUUUAUUCUUUUUUCACAAGAACAAUCUAUAUAAAGUUACUUUCAAAACACAAAGAUUUCUGCAGAUUUAAACAAGAAAUUUGUAACUAUACAAUUACAGUUUUAUUAUAUAUUAUAUUAAAACUCUGUUGUUAU